GUCGCCAAAUUCCGUUCACAAAUUAUCAAAAGCUCAAAACUCAGAACGCACAAACCAAAAAAUUAACAAAGAGAGAGGGGCAAAAAAUGGCGUCGACCUUGUCCAAAUGGCUUGUAGAUCCGAAGCGCAACCCCCUAGCUGCACUGCACAUGAAAACCAUAAAAACUCGCCUGAGCAGAUACGGGCUACGGUAUGACGAUUUGCACGAUCCAAUGUACGACCUGGAUAUAAAGGAGGCGCUGGAUCGGCUCCCGAAGCAGGUCGUGGACGCGAGGAAUCAACGCCUCAAGCGCGCUAUGGAUCUCUCCAUGAAGCACGAGUAUCUCCCCGAAGAUCUUCAGGCUAUGCAAACUCCAUUUAGGCCCUAUCUACAGGAGAUGCUGGCUCUUGUGCAGAGAGAGAGAGCUGAGCGCGAAGCACUUGGUGCCUUGCCUCUCUAUCAGCGCACACUUCCCUGAGUUCAUAUCUCACCUUCCCCGGGGCGGCCUGCAACUGAACAACACACUUACUUUGAUUCAAUAAGGACCAGUCGUCCCAGUCCUUUUCUGGGAAUGACAGACUUAUGAUGAUUUGAACAGCUUCUGCUUUCAAUUAAUACCCAGUGAGCAAUAAUAAACUCCCUCAUUUUCGGAAGUUUUUGGUUCACAUUUACAGUUUAAUUUAUGCAAACAAGAAUUAGCAUUUGUGUUUUUUCUGUCCAAUUUCUGGGAAUUCACAUAUUCAAUCCUCUCUGUGUUGAAUAUUAGUACUAUUUGUCAUAUAUUGAUGAAAUGAAAAUGCAUAAAUGUUCCUAA